AUGCUUCCAUUGGAGCUUGUCUUUGAAAACCCGACAGCUCCCUGCGCUACACUGCUAUCAACGGCCCGGCCCAUCUCUCAGUCAGCUGGUCGUGGCGCUAUGGGCGAGGGAAAAUUGACAAACGACCCUGAUACCAACGUGGAUACUUCCUAUCGAUCCAUGCCUUCCAGAAACCUCGCAGUUAUUAUCAUCAACGCAUCAAAGCCAUGGCUCAAGGCAACCGAAGCGUCAAUCAUUCAAAUCACGAGGAUCAUGCGCCAUUUCUUCGACAGCUCUUUGAUGCUGGAUGCUAUUCAAAACCACUCGACAACGCGUCACGGCUUCCCAGAUGGACAUGAAAUAUUUGUAAUUUUACAGAUGAGCAACGUCGCCAGCUAUGUAUUUGUCCUUGUUUUCGAAGAGUUCUUCAAGCUUCAGAAUGAAACUUUAAGCCAACAUCACAACAUUUAUUGGUUCAUUCUUGGACUGCCUAGCACACGUUCCAGUGCCAUCAACCGCGACAAAUUGAUCGAAAUGGUGAUUCUCACUGCUCAGUACAUGCAAAUUCAAGAUGACUAUGUGGACACUGCAACGUCAACUGCAAUGAUCUACGAAAAAGCUGUCUAUGGCCAGGAUCUGGAUGAAGGGAAGUUCUCUUUUCCAGUCAUCCAUAUGUUCUCGCAGUCUUCCAAACGUCAGUUGCUCGAAGCCAUCUUCACUGAAAGAUUGCGACAAGGGACGAUGCCAAUGGCACAUAAACGACUCCUUUGGGAUGAGAUGGCGAGCGUGGGCAGCGCAAGUAUUAUCGAGAAACAACUUGGAGAGAAGAAAUACAACUUCCGAUUGAUUUUGGAAUUCCUCUCGGUGGAGAAUUAG